GCGCCUCGCCCUCCCCCCCGCGUCUUCCAGGCGGUUCCCCGCGGCGCGGCCAAUGAGGUGUCUCGGGCGGGGGCGCGCGCCGGCGCUGGGGCGCGCGCCGCCGCCGGGGCCCGGUUUCCGGCCCGUGCGCAGGCGCGGCCGUGACGUCGUGCUCAGCCGCCGAGCGCGGCGACGGUUCGUGCCCGGGAGCGUUGGCCGCGCGCUCGCGGCCUCCCGCCCGCUCCGCCCCGGGCCGCGCCGCACCGCGCCGACCGCCCCGGGCCGCGCCGCGCGGUGAGGUGCAGCCUUCCAGAUGCCAGGUUUUAAUGAUUUUAUCUAGAUGUUUUUAAACCCAAUGGAUUAAUGAGGAACAAUUUUAUUCCGGGGAGGGGAGGAAGAAAUGGAGCACCUUGGAACAGACUGAGAUCUCCCUGCACACCCCUCAGACCAUGGACGAGACGGGCCUAGUUUUCACCAUCGAUUGUCUUCUGGGGUUGUAAAAGGGCUCCCUGAAAACUCUCCUCCGGAUCCCCCACUUAACCCACCUUGUGCUUCUUGGAAAUGGUUGCUGCAGGCGAGAUUUGAUGAAAUUCACGUUGAUUCACAACAGCCAAGUGAAAACUCAGCCCACGGAAAGGCCUGGAGGGUCAGGAGAAAGGAACAAGUAGGAAGAGGACGAAAACACACAAGCCACUGGACCUUCCCCUCCAGCCCCCCUUGCAAGGAAGGGAUUUACAGCUCAACCUUGCACCAGCUGUUACUCGGCUUUAACAGUCAAGAGAGAAAUAAAUAAAAUUAAACAGCCACCGCCAGCCAGCCAGUCCCAGAUCCUGGUGAAAUCAGGGAGAGUGUUUCUGUGCCUGCCUUCAGCGAGGGGGAGGAGGAGGAGGAGGCAGCAGAGCUUUGCAAGGAAGCUGGGCAGAUUGCUUGCAAGACACCCCCCUCCUCCUGUGCAGCAAGCGGAGGGGACUGCUGGAUAUCGAAGGGCGGAUUAAAAAGGAGAAGUGGCUUUUUGCAAGACGUCUACCGAUAUCUUGCUCGUUCCCAAGGUGCUUGCUGGGUGGGAAGGCGCACCCGGCUCCUCAUCUCACAGUGCUGCAAGUUUUGCUUGUCACCUUCUCGUUGCCCUAGCCUAGAAACACUUGCCUUCUCUUUGACGUCUGGUUGCCACCGUAAGCUUCAUGAGGACCUGCUCGCGGGCUGUUGCCUGACUGAGGGAAGCUCUUAGGAGCUCUCAGCAUUCCUACCCCAACGGUUGUUUUAAAUACAAAUCCCGUUCUCCGUUCUGAGUUUUUAAUGUUUUUAAAUCUCCUUCCCAACGCCCUCAAGCGCUCGCGGGGCAGCGAAUAGCGUGGAUUCUCCCGGCUGCGCUCUUGGGCUUCUCGCUCCAGAGACCGUGGUGGACCUCUGCGGACUGUCUGCUCCGUUCAGCACUCGCUCGAGGAGUGAUUUAGGAAGCUGGGCAGCGGUUACCCCCUUCCCUCUCCCCUCCCCUUUUCGUGUUUGUUCUGACUCCAGCUGGGCCUGGGCUAUGCUGCAGGGCGGAUCCCCCACCAGAGCUCCAACAUGCCAGCAGCAUCUGGAAAGAGGUUCAAACCCAGCAAAUACGUCCCGGUCUCAGCCGCUGCCAUCUUCCUAGUGGGAGCCACCACCCUCUUCUUUGCCUUCACGUGCCCGGGGCUCAGCCUGUACGUCUCCCCAGUCAUUCCCAUCUACAAUGCCGUUGUCUUCCUCUUCGUGCUGGCCAACUUCAGCAUGGCCACCUUCAUGGACCCCGGCAUAUUCCCACGAGCCGAGGAGGAUGAGGACAAGGAGGACGACUUCCGAGCUCCGCUUUACAAGACGGUGGAGAUCAAGGGCAUCCAGGUGCGCAUGAAAUGGUGCGCGACCUGCCGCUUCUACCGGCCGCCGCGCUGCUCCCACUGCAGCGUCUGCGACAACUGCGUGGAGGAGUUUGAUCAUCACUGCCCCUGGGUGAACAACUGCAUCGGGCGACGCAACUACCGUUACUUCUUCCUCUUCCUGCUGUCGCUCACCACGCACAUCAUGGGCGUCUUUGGCUUCGGCCUGCUCUACGUCCUCUACCAGGUGGAGGAGCUCUCCGGAGUCCGCAUGGCAGUCACCAUGGCUGUGAUGUGCGUGGCCGGCUUGUUCUUCAUUCCCGUCGCUGGCCUUACGGGUUUCCACGUGGUGCUUGUGGCGAGGGGCCGCACUACCAACGAACAGGUGACGGGCAAGUUCCGCGGUGGCGUCAACCCCUUCACCAACGGCUGCUGCAAGAACGUCAGCCGGGUCCUCUGCAGCUCCCCGGCCCCCAGGUACCUUGGGCGCCCGAAGGCCGAGCAGACGGUGCUGGUGAGACCUCCCUUCUUGCGGCCCGAGGUGUCAGAUGGCCAGAUUGCCGUCAAGAUCGUGGACAAUGGUAUCCAGACCGAGCUGAAGAGGACAAAGUCCAAAGGAAGCCUGGAGGUGACGGAGAGCCAGUCCGCUGACGCCGAACCGCCACCCCCACCUAAGCCAGACCUCAGCCGCUACACGGGCCUGAGGACACACUUAACCCUGGCCACCACCGAGGACAGCAGCUUGCUAGGCAAGGACAGCCCUCCGACUCCCACCAUGUACAAGUACCGCCCCGGCUACAGCAGCAGCAGCAGCUCGGCCGCCUUGCCUCACUCCACCAGCGCCAAGCUGAGCCGCGUGAACAGCCUGAAGGAGCCCAACUCCAUCUGCGAGAGCAGCCGCAAGCCCAGCUACCGCUCGGAGCCGAGCCUGGAGCCCGAGAGCUUCCGCUCGCCCACCUUCGGCAAGAGCUUUCACUUCGACCCGCUGUCCAGCGGCUCCCGCUCCUCCAGCCUCAAAUCGGCGCAGGGCACGGGCUUCGAGAUGGGCCACCUGCAGUCCAUCCGCUCCGAGGGCACCACCUCCACCUCCUACAAGAGCCUGGUGAACCAGACGCGCAACGGGAGCCUGUCGUACGACAGCCUGCUCACGCCCUCCGACAGCCCCGACUUUGAGUCGGUGCAGGCCGGCCCGGAGCCCGAGGCGCCCGUGGGUUACACCUCGCCCUUCCUCUCGGCCCGCAUCGCCCAGCAGCGAGAGACCGACCUGCACGGCCGCUUCGCCGGCGCCGUCUCCCCCAAGCACGCGCCGCCCCGCGAGCCCUCGCCCGUGCGCUAUGACAAUCUCUCCCGCCACAUCGUGGCCUCCAUCCAGGAGCGGGAGAAGCUGCUGCAGCAGCCGCCCGCCCCGGGCUCGCCGGGCCGGGAGGACGACGCGGGGCUGGCGGACUCGGGCAUCCAGUCGACGCCGGGCUCCAGCAACGCCCCCCGCACCAGCUCCUCCUCGGACGAUUCGAAGCGCUCGCCCCUGGGCAAGAACCCGCUCACCCGCCCGGCCCCCCCCCGCUUCGGCAAGCCCGAGCCCCCCCACGCGCUGCGGGCGCGCUCCCUGGGCUCCCCCGAGCAGCCCGCCGCCCCCCACCUGGGCAAAUCCGUGUCUUACAGCAGCCAAAAACCAGCGUCUCAGGCCGGCGUCCCCGAGACGGAGGAGGUGGCCUUGCAGCCCUUGCUGGCACCAAAGGACGAGGUGCAGCUGCGAACGGCCUACAGCAAGUCCAACGGGCAGCCCAAGAGCCUGGGCCCGGCCGCCCCCAGCCCGGGGCCGGUGCCCCUGAGCAGCCCGACCCGCGGAGGAGUCAAGAAGGUCUCCGGCGUGGGGGGGACCACGUACGAGAUCUCCGUAUGAGGGGGCAGAGCCGCUCUCCCCGCUCGCCGCCUCCCCGGCUGCCACCCGAAGGGCCCCGGCGGGCGCCGGAGGGGGAGUUUCGCAGCCGGGCCCCCCCCGGCUCCCGCAUGCAUGGACGCUUUUUCGACUCCGACCGACCUGGGGAGGGGGGUAAAAAAGGGGGAGGCGGGCAAGGGGGGACAGGCCACAAGCCCCGGAGCUUUUUCUUUCGACGCCCUUCCCUGGGACUUGGGGGCUGCGACACACACCCGAGCCGGGGGGGCCGCUCGUCCUCCGCCCCACCGAGAGACUGCAGCCUCGCGGCGGCCCCCCCGGCGAGGCGGGGACGCGGCCUCGCGUCCUGGCGCCGUCUCGCCCGGGCCAGCCACUCGUGGGCCUUGUGCAAUCAAUCGCUCGCCUAGCGUGGUAGGAACGGAUUGUUUUUAAACCAGAAUACUUUUUUUUAUUAUUAUUGUUACGGAUUCUAUUUUUUUUCUCUUUCUGAGUUACCAGGUGUGUGUAUAUAUAAAUAUCUAUAUAUAUAAAUAUAAAUAUUAAAAAAAAAAAAAAGAAGAAAUUAUAUAUCUUACCCAGGGAGAGGAGGAAACUACCCGUUCCCCCUUCUCCUCCUGGGCCCCAGGUUGAAGAAGGGACGCGGGGCCGGGGCGGACGCCUCGAGCUGUGGCUCGGCACUGGGUGUCGCAUCCCCCGGCGCCCGAGGAGGGGGCGAGGGGAGGGACGCGGGAGGGCAGGCCCUAGCGCGGGGGGCUGCGAGGGGCCCCAGGGCCAAGCGCUGUUCGAGGCCGAGGUGCUUUUCGCCAAGGGCUCUCCUCCCUGCUUUUCUUUCCGUUUUAAGCCUCCAGGGCUUGGGUUCCUCUCCCAGGGCAGCUCUGGCCUGCGGAGGAAGAAGGGGCAAGUGCUGAGGGGCUGCUCCUGCCCCGCGUUGCCUCUCCGAAGCAAAGGCCGGGCUGGCGCGGAGGCUGGGGGCCCUGCACAGAAACACUCUCCAGCCUUUCCCCACUCAUGAUUUUAGCUGUUCUUUUUUUAAAAAAUGUUUCCCCAGGGGUCUUUUUGGUUGUUUUCUUUCCGAUGGAUCCGUUACGGUUGUCUCGCUGUCAGGCGGUUGUUUUUAAUUUCCGUUAGGGAAAGAGGAAGGCUAGAGGGGCAGAUCCCCCUAAAGCAAUAUUUUCUCAUCACAUGCCAAAAAAAUGCAGCCGAGGAGCCCAGUGCUUCCCCCUCACAUAUGACCCCCCCUCCCCGUGCAGCCCAAGCCGUGCAGGUCCAGUGAAACUUCAGGCACUACUUGACUCUUUCUCUAUGGCAAUAUGUCUCCUGUGGCCUCUGCCGAGCCAUGCCAUUGGUUUUUUUUUUUAUUAUUAGCCAUUUUAAAAUGAGGAAUAAAAGGAUAUUUAAUGAGCCA